AUCAAGCAAGUUUCAUUAAAAUCAGUUAAGACCUAAGUAUCGCCAUGCCCAUUUCGGCGCCUAUCUUAAAAUAUUAAAUUUGUGAAUCUGCAACACCCUGUAUUCGUAAUUUUCCAAUGAGUUGGAAUGAGUAACGGGAACUUUUUCUUUAUCUAUUCUCGAUUGUUGCUAAGCAACGGAAUUUGUUUGAUCCAUAAAGAUUAUCUGCUCUUGACAUUGACACAACAACAAAUACACAUUCUCCUUUUUGCUGUAGCAAAAACAUAAUAUUUCUUUCUUCGAUAUAUUUAUUCACAUAAUCAGCCUUAAAUGUGAUAUUUUCGUACCUACUUAUUUACCAUCUGUGUCAUUAAUGAUAUACUUUUUUGUUCGGAAUAAUAUCACCAUUAAAAAAUCAUAGUUCUUUGUGAGAUAAUAAAGAAACUUUCGCGAAAAUGGGGGAAACAAUGUGUAUAAGAAGAAAUGUGUCCAAAAUGCGAGUUCACGACUAUUUGUACGAUUCGUCGUUCAUCGUGUCUGGAGCGAGGGACUACGCUCGCUCUGCGUUCAAAGCCGCCAUGGCUUCCGCUCAAGUUGGCAUACAACCCAACUUCAAGACCAUGUUUUCAGACUUGAAAAACCGGCAGAGAGUCAACUUUGUCCUGCACCCAAACUGCCGUCUACCCCCACACAUGGACUUCCUGCACCCAAACUGCCGCCUCCCUCCGCACAUGGACUGUUCGUACCGCGGCUACUCGCGCCGCGCGAGGCAGGCGGCUGCGGCGCCCGCGCCCGACCCCGCCGGCCCGCUGAGAUACCAGUUUGUGCACACGCCAAAGCAACUGCUCCCCAUGAAGGUGACGUCACCGGACCUGCCCCCCGCGUCCCCCCGCGCGCCCCCCGAGCCCUCCGGCCCGCGGCACAAGAAAACACAAACUAUGUACAGGGAGUCGUCUGCGCAAACGCACCCGUGGCAGCCGGACGUGAGCGCGGCGCACUGCCGGGAGGUGCCGGAAGUACUGCUACUGGACAAUCUCAAGUGGGGCCCUGGAGAUCCAUAUCGUAAAGGAGAUUUGCCGGCUGACUUUCAUACCACAGAAAUAAUUAACAAGAUGCGCCACGCGCGGGUCUGGCUGGAGUUGGUGGAGCACGGAGACCUGCCCUGCGGCUUCAAGAAACGGAACGACAUCAUCAAAGACAUCGAGACGAAGGAUUGGAUCUUUAGGGAGGCAGAGAUCGACGAGCUACAGCAGAUCCGGCUCGAGCUGCUGCAGAAGAUGCAGCACGAGCGUCGCGAGCAGCAGGUGACGAGGACUAGUUUGAAGCUGCAGCACUUGUGGGAGCAGAAGAAGAAGCAGAUGGAAGCCAAGAUUGAGAAAAUCCACCGGGAGAGGGACAGAGAAGUCCGCAAGCUGACAGCCCGCCACCGGGGCGGCUCAGCCCUCCCCCCCGCGCUGGCCGGCGACCCCGCCUCCCCGCUACACGCCCCGCUGAGGAGGCACGGGUACCUGGCCAGGAACAGGCAUAAAGAGAUCACGUAUGAUGCUAGUUUGCUUGAAUACGAAGACUACAAGUCCCUCUCCGCCCUUCCCCCCUGGCUGUCCCCCCAGGACCCGCCCCGCUCGCAGUCAGCACGCCGCGACCGUGGCGCCCUCUGCGAGCGAGAGACACGGUGGACCGAGAGCUUCCUGGAGACCCUGCAUGAGGAUCUGAAGAAAGCCCGCCUAGGAGCUACACUUGCCUCCGCCGGCCCGCUUCACGUGCUCAAGCCACGCCACGUGGCCUCCGCCUGGAGACCAUCCACCCCGGCAGUGGGGAUAGUGGCUGAGGAUGAGGAGGCGAGGUUCCAGGCCGCGCUGACCAUGCAGACGGUUAUUAGAGGACGGGCUGUGCAUAAUUUGAUGUUCGAAGGGCGCAUGCGCGCGUUCGAACUCACAGAAGAGUUGAAGAGCACGCACGCGCUGCAGCCCGAGGACCGGGAGAGGAUCACGCGCGAGCACGCGCGGGCCACUGACUAUGAGGAACAGAGGACGGCUAGGGAAGAGAAGGAGUCUACAAUAUCAGCUCUAGUGCAAGAGCUCUGUGGCGGCGCAGUGUCGGCCGCGCUGGACUUGCUGGAGAAGGAGCUGAGGCGGCUGCAGCAGGAGAGGAGGCUGCAUGCCAGUGUUAUGAUUGCACUGCGUGAGAAGAGCAUGCGAGAGGCGGCCGAAGCGGGAAGGAGACAGAAAGAGGAGCAGAGGAGGAGGGAACACGAUGAGAUGUUUAAACAUGUCCUCGGCGUAACUCAAGAGACCGUGGACGCCUAUCUCCAGGAGAUAGUGUCGGAGGGCGUGGAGCGCGGCGCGGAGGAGGCGGCGGCGACACGGGCGCGCGCCGAGGCGGACCGUGUCGACGCGCUGCUGCGGGAGAGACCGUCUUUAUCAACAGCAGAAGAGAACGAGCUGGUGGCUGAGCUGGUGCACCAGUUCCUCCUGCCGGCCGCCCACAAGGAGGCGGCGAGACAGCGCGUGCAGCUGAUGCAGGGCGGGCGGCUGGGACUGGCCAGGAAGGCCGUGGUAGAGGCUUGUGAGGCGGCGCGGGCGGACGAGACAGCGGAAGACGUCUGUCUUCAGCCGACUGAGACGAUACACCGACACGACCCCAGAUGGAAGCACACUAGACGUCACAAAGAGAAGCCUCAGUUAACUCAUGAGGACAGGUUCCCUCCGCAACACGACAUGAGGUGCAUGCUCAACGAUCUAUUGCAAGAUGUGGUGGUACAAUCGCGCACACACAAGGAGGAGAUCCGGCAAGUGUCGCGCGAACACAAGAUGGCGCUGCAGGAGAAACUUGAAGUGGAAAUAGAAGCACGCGGGCUGGUGGACGCCGCUAUACAAGAGACUUGUUUAUACAUUCCAGUGCUAGACCGUGCGACGGGCCUCACGCAGCCUCCAGUGAAGGAGUCCGACUACCACUACCUGAUGAAGAGGCAGGUGCCGGACGCCAUGGCGCGGACCGAGGCGCCGAGGAGGGAGCCAUGCAGCCGCCAGCUCCCCUCAGAGCUGCGCCGACAGCGCGCCGCCGCCGCCGACCGCGCGCAGCCGUGGUGCAAGUGUGAGCCCCCGACCAGCAGAAAGGAACACAGGAGUGUCAGGAUUAGUGAGAUGCAUGUGGACGCGAACAAACCACUCCCGCUGCCGUCGGAGCAGCGCUACCUGGACGAUAUGAAGAAGUGCAAGUGUGAUCAGACAGAAGAGAAGCCACCUAGAGUUUCAAGCGCCCACUCCUGGCACCCAGAAGUGGGUGGUGCGCUGGAGCCGCCGCCCACGCCGGCGUCGCGGCUAUCCCUCGCGGAGCGGGCCGAGUUGACGGGCGAUACGGCCGCGGACGAGCCCGGUCGGGAAGAGAAGGGGGAUAGUGAUGAUGGUGGUGAUGAGAAGUCUGAGUGA